GCGGUGAAGGACACAAAUAUAGGCGGAUUGGUCGCAAAAGAAAAUCGAAGAAAAGUGUGACCAGCGCCGCGCGAUAAGACGUGCUCGAUUGGUACAUGUAUCGAUUUAUGGCAUUUCUACUUAUUGACUAGCGCGCAAUCGCAAGUGGAUGAUAUAAACGACCGAAGAAGAAAAUCGAACAAACCGAACCAAAUCGCGUAGGUGGUGCGUUUAGUGAUAAGCGUGAUCGACAGCGGACAGUGCAAACUUAAUUAGAAAGGAAGUGUGAAUCUAGCGACGACAACAUGCAACAUUUUUCGCUGCUGACAGCCGGCUGGAGCUACAUUCCAGCCGGACUGACGUUUGGCUACCUGCUGAUGUUACCGAUUCCUGUGCACGAGACCUUCGUUCGAAUCUACGCGGAGACCAUGUACUGGCCGUUCCUGGUGGCCAUCAUCACGCUGCUCAUUUCGGUGGCCUUGACCAACGGGCUGAAGCUGAACUAUCGCAAGUGUCAGUUCGUGCACCUGUACGUGAUGCUGGCGGCCAUGGUGUUCUACCUCGGCGCCGGAUUGGUAUUCCUACUGGUGAAAGACGUCAUCCCAGCCAUCUAUCUGGCAGCGUGUGGUCUUGGCCUAACGCUAAUUCCCGGCCUUAGUUACAGUCACAUUCGUGCUCCCGGCCGGUGGCGUUCGACUUACAUGGGAUGCUGCUACUUUUGGUUCCUGGCGGGGAUUGCGGCCACUGCGACCCUAUUUCUCAACGAUUAUUUCAUCUGGUUUCCAGGUGAAACUACAGUUGACGAAACGGUUCAUACCAACUUUUCGAUUUGCAUGCUGGUCGGAGCGAGUUUCGUGAUCCUGUUGGUUGGCGUCAAUGAAAUGCUGCAACGGGAAGGGAUUGUGGAUUACAAGAAACCGUUGGAUUUCGACACGGAUAUUGCCCACGAAAGUGGAAAGCUGAUUGGAGGAAGGGGAGAGAGGAGGAAUUUGUUUAACAACUUCGCAACGACAGGACCAACAACGUUGGGCAAUGGAGCUGUGCCGAAGCAAUGGAAUUCUUCGACCGAGCAGAUCAUUAUGGGUGGAGUCGGUGGUAGCAAGAAUUACCACAAAUUGUGGAUUUUCUAUAUGAUCUUUACGAAGCUGCAAGGGUUCAUAGCGUUCUAUUGGAUCUUCGUGCAGCUCUCGGUAGGUUACAUGGUGCUUUUGUUCGGCGUAAAUUACGGAUAUUCAGUGUUUUGGUUUAUGACUGCUGGAUCGUUGUUUGGAAUAUUGGCAAUGCUGGUAUUGAGCCCUAAGAUUGUGUUUGUGAUCUCAUCCGUGCUGCAUACGAUCGGAUUGAUCUUGGCUGUAUCCUUUUACUCCACCGGUGCAGGGAAUAUCAAUAUGGGUGUAUCGUUAAUCAUAUUCUACACAUUCAUCGGAUCAUCUUUGGUCAUACCUGCGAUCAACAUACUGGAGUUAUCGUCGUUGAACUUUAAUGAGUCAUUCCUAGCGAUCGGUUCCAUUUUUGAACUGCUAGCGAUCGCUUUGAUGCAAUAUUUCACCGUUACGGAUCCCGCAUUGAUUGGAAAUGAGGAUAACCAUGAGGAUGUAAUUGCGGCUCACUUCAUCGGGAUGAUCGUACUUGGUGUGAUUCUACAGGUGAUCGUUCUUUGGCACAUGCCAAAUACCUACAAGAAAUCACUGGCCGAGAUCAACUCGGACCUCAGUAGAAUGACGUCGUACUUCGCCUUCAGCAGGAUGAUGGUUCCGGUCACCCAUCACGCGGGCACUACUCGGACGUUUGUCGAAAGUGUGACCUCCGAUCAACCGGAGAUCGAGGAGAAGCAAUUGAGUACCCGGAACGGCCACUUGGCUACUCGGUACAACGAUCAAAGUGACGAAAGCACCGAUAGAAGAAGUCCCUACAACGAUUUUUCCGAAACCAGAUACAACCGGCGAACUAUGGUUGAACGGGAUCUGUCUCCCGUCCCGGACCAAGAGGAUCCUUAUCUUCAGGAGCAACUUCAGCGUCAGCAUGAGCGCAACUACAUUCUUUCACGCCAGCAGCACUACCAACACCAAGCUCGUGGGUCACCGGACUCCCAGCAAUACAACUACCAACCGGAGAGGCAGUCCGACUUGCGCCAAUCUCGGUACAUUCCGGAGCUAGAAGAUUCUCCUCAAGAUCGACCACGAAGCAAUGAUAGUCAACAGACUCGCUACAAUCCUCCUCUGCUCUCCCGUCACCAGUAUUACGAAGAGUACAACCAAGGAAGCCGGCAGAUUCACCAGCAGCUGCAGCAGCAGCUGCAGCAGAAGCAACCCCCUGUCCCUCUACCGAAACCAGUACCCUCUCGACAACCUUCCAGCUCUCCAUCCGAUCUACAAUCCCAACUAUCCAGCGUGCUUCGGCGUUCGGCGAACCCAUCGGCCACUGUCAAAUCCGAACCCGGUUACGUUUCCCGACCUCGACUUCAAGCGCUGCAAAGUGACGCACCGGCACCGCCUCCACUACCGCCGGCCGAUUACCUUACCAAGUCUCUACCCCGUAUCAAACCGGACCGGCAGCAGUCCCGGGACAGUAUCCAUCCGGUACUGAUUCCGAAACCGUCCAAACUGGAAGACGACAUCGUUCCGGGAGUGGAAUACUCGCACAAUCUACGGCCGUCCGAGUUCCUGCGGCAGACGCGGCAGUCAGCGCUGUACCGUGUGUCGGCGCAGCCUUCGACUUAGUAGCAGUAUUCGGAGACUAGGGUAAGGUAGUUUUAAUGGAAAAUAAAGCGGUUGAAGUACUUAGGUAACAAUU